AUGUUCCGGAAGUUUACAUGGUUGGGUUUGCCCAUUGUUCUCGGACUCCUUUGUUAUGUGGUGUUCAUUGAAGAUUUUGGUCUCAGAGCCAUGACAGGUCAAAAGGCUGUGGUCGAAGAGAAUGGGAAGGCUGACAACGCCGAGACGGAUCACGAAAGCCACCCACUCGAGGAAAGCUACUGCUGCUGCACACUUGAUGAAAUAAGUAGAGGUACGGAAGGCGUCACUGAUCUCCUGAACAACAUCACGAGUCGUCCCUUUUUUCGUUUCUUCAAGGUGAACUUGGAAAAACCAUGUCCUUAUUGGGCAGUACAACUUUUGUGCACCAGUGAGGAAAAUAGUUGUCAGGUGUGUUCAUGCGAUGCCAAUGAGGUCCCUGAAGCUCUGAAGUAUCCCCAUGAUAUGAGCGACCCCUCUGUGAUUGACUCUCGUGUUUCUUAUGCGAUUCCAAAGCCAACCAAUGUGGAUAUGUGGGGCAUUUGGAGGGAAUCUGAUGAUGCUGCAACGUAUGUGGACCUUGUUCAGAACCCAGAAGGAAACACUGGAUACUCAGGCCCCAUGGCAGGCCGUGUCUGGCAGGCAAUCUACAAUGAGAAUUGCAUGACCUAUGGUUCUCAGGAAGGUGGAUCCAGUGGAGAUGAGGAGUGCAAAGAGGAGCAGGUUUUUCGCAAGUUAAUAAGUGGCUUACAUACCUCCAUUACAAUGCAUGUUGCCGCAUUUUUUCACAAGGACAAGGAGGGAAAGUCUCCGCUACGUCAGCUUGGUGUGCUCAAGAAUCCGAAUAUCUCUUUUUUUCCAAACUGUGGAAUGUACAGCCGUGUUGUGAAUAAUGCGGGUUUUGUGAACAACCUCUACGUAUUGUACCAGUUUGUUCUGCGUGCACUCACAAAGGCAAAAGAGGUUUUUUUAUCGGACGUCAACGCAUUCAACUCAGGAGCUGGAGGAGUUGCUACCGCAGAAGACAAGCUUCUUCAUACGGAAAUCCGUGAACUGUUCAACGCCCACUUGUUGUGCUCUGCAACGUUUAACGAGGCGAAGUUUCUCGAAUCCCCAAAGGCUCACAAUCUUAUUCCUCAAAUGAAACGAAUGGUGUACAAUAUCACGAAACUAAUGGAUUGCGUCACGUGUGAAAAGUGCCGUGCAUGGGGAAAGCUACAAACAAUGGGCAUUGCCACGGCGCUCAAAAUUGUAAUGCUUCCUCCCAGCGAAGUGUUGGAGCUGGGUCGAGGAGAAAAGGUUUCGCUUGUUAAUCUGGCAAGGCAACUUGCAGUUUCGGUGAAAAACGUUCGCAUACUCGCCGAUGUUUGCAGGCAGCUGGAUAAGGAGGAGAAGGUUUGA